AUGAAAAUUAUGGGCCUUUCACUGCGAGUUCGCCGAGGGAAUUCAACGGCCGCGGGCGACUUUGAACGUGGUUUUAAGUAUCACACGGCCUCGCGCUUUGGGCAGUCUACUGCCGGCGGCUGCAUCGCCACGAAGCAACACAUUGACGACGUCCACGGCGAGGCUCCGGCUUGGCCGGCAGCAAAAGCCAGUCUCGCUUUUGUCUUCACCCAGGCAAGCUGCUCGUAG